CAGUGCGAGCAGGUAAACGUGGUAUAGGCUGCUCUGUGAGGUGCGCGUAAAUCGCAAGUAUAUGAAUUAUUGCUACUCACGUUAAAACUAUUAUCACGUUCGUAGCAGUGUAGUAUUAAAAAUAAUAUACGGCUCCAAGAAAUUCGCCGACGUGUGGUGGGCUUGCCUCGCUGAGAGUCUCUCGUCGCUUAUUCUGAAAAUGACGGCUAUGGUGCAGAUACGACUGGCGAUGAUCGCCGCAUUAGUUUUGGCAUUUAGCAUCAGUGUCGGCUUGUGUGCCGGAGAGGACACGACCCUUCACACCUCAGCACCUGAUGUGGAGUCGACACCGACCGACGCUUACACCUACAUGACCACUGACCAGACAACCGAAACAUCCGGGUCAAAGACCGUGCAUUACGCCGGCAACGAGAAUUCAUUCCAGGACGGGAAAAUGUAUUUUGAAUUAUUGAAAAAUAAAUACGGUAUUUCCGAGGAAUCCACAGAUGAUAGCACUCUCAUCAACGUUGUGGCGGCACUCGGCAACAACUCGUUGGGAACCGAUCCGGCGUCUCUGCUCACAGUGCUACAAAAUCCCAAAGUCAUGGAAACAUUGCUUGCAGCCUAUGCUUCAAAGCCAAUACCGACACAGGACAUGACAUCAGACACGGAUCAGCGGGCGGCGACGGAGAAUGCAGUCGAUUUCAAAACAUUUUUUGAUAGAGACCCCAAUGCGCCAUACUAUGACACUAUGAAAAAAUUCUUAAGAUAUGGAUCGAGUUUUAAGUUACCCACUAAAGACACCCUGUCAUCAAUAUUGGGAACGUACAAUCUCGGAUCGGCCCUAUAUGCGAUUGCCUCAGAACACAACACACCGGAAUCAACCAACAUCAGUGCUCAGUGUUUUGAAGAUCUACAGCAGUUUGCGAGAGACGCGGACGAGCCUAAAUCGUAUGCGGUAAAAAUGCUGGACUACAGCGGAGAUUAAAUUCGCCUUUCACCGACGCGGGCAAUCAGUGGCCUAGGAAUUACGACGGCUGUAUGAACAU